AUGCAGAAGUGCCGCGCCGUGCAGAGCGCCCUGAGCUCCAAGGCCGCCCUCCCAAUAUCGACUCCCGUGCGAGCUCAACCUCACAUCCAGCGCAGGAACAUACAGGAUGUUUUCAUUACCCGGACCGGAUCUCCAAUUAUAAAGGUGCAGGGCGGACGGUCGUCUCUCGGAGGACACACUGCUACCGUUUUCGGCGCAACCGGUUUCUUGGGUCGUUAUAUCGUGAACAGACUUGCACGUCAAGGAUGCACCGUUAUUGUCCCCUACCGAGAGGAGAUGACCAAACGACACCUAAAGGUUACUGGAGAUCUGGGCAGAGUUGUUUUCAUGGAAUAUGACCUCCGCAACACCCAAUCGAUCGAGGAGAGCGUACGCCAUUCUGACAUUGUCUACAAUCUAAUCGGCCGAAACUAUCCCACGAAGUAA